AUGUCAAACGAAUUCUUACAGUCAUCCCCGUCCCAUUCUGCAAUUGAUCCUAUUAUGUAUAGCUUUGUCAAUGCUGGCCAUGAGAAGGAGAAUAAUAAUGCCAAUCAGCCAAGUAACGUGCAAAAUAAUGGAAAUAAUAAUUAUCAACCUAAUCCGCAGAUACCCCCAUCGUCAGUAACCAAAGUAUAUGGUGGUCCCACAAAUUUGACAGGCUGGACCCCUCUAAUAACAAGACCAGUAUAUAGUGAGCAGCUUAUUCCGUUCGGUCUCACUCCAAAUAAAGUUGGGGCGAUUGGAGAUCAGCCUGAUUACUCACAAGGACUCAACCUUACUCCCUUUCUUAAUCAUAACAUUAAUCUUUUGAACUCGCAACCUGGGCUGCAAUUGCAUUCAAUCACUCCAUUUCACGAUAAGACCUUACAUUUAACAGAUUUUUUUAUGGAUUCUCCCAUAAGGCAAACUCCAGUUAAAGAUCUGGAUACUAUAACACCUUCAAAAUUUAAGUUAGGAAGCGAAAAAAAAUACUUUAAGCAGUCAAUCUUUCAAGAUCGUAAAAGUGCUAACAAGCGAUCUAUCACGCAGUUGGGCACACCACAAAGACAACCUCGAAAAAUUUCCGUUAACUAUAAGCCUACUGGAGAGGAUGAAGAAGAAGAUGAUGAUCGCGAUCAGGAUGAAGGUAGCGAGCGUAAUGAUGAAAAUCAAGAUAGAGAUAUUGAAAAUGAUAUCGCUCAGAGUAGAGCAAAGCUUUAUUUGCAAACUCCAUCAAAGACACUCAAAAAUGUAACAAAUCUAACCAGAACGCCCAUAAGCUCUACGGACGCUCCCGGGGCAUUUAUUACACCUGCAAAACAAAUUCCAAACUCUUCGCCAUCAACGGUCAUCUUAUCGGCGAAGGAGAGGUCAGCGGUAAGGGUAACCAAAGAACUUGAAAAGCAGCCUACUAGUCCAACACCAACAAAAGCGAUUCGUGUUGCGCCUUGUAAAAAACUUAUACAGGGCGACGAAUUUAAACCAGCAAUGGGCGUUUUCUCAGAAAGAAAGCAAAAUCAUAACAAAACUUCCGGCUCGUUCAAAAGUUUCGUUAACCUGGGGUCAAAUGAAAGCAAUCAGCAUCAUAACAAAACCAAAACCAACUCGAAAGCCCAAAUGCAAGCUGGUAUGAACAAAUUUCAGAUUGUGUUCACUGAUGUUCACACUCUAAUGAAUAAUAAGAACAGAAGUAAAGAAUAUUUGCCGACAGGCAAGAAGGCUUCCCGAUCUGGCAGUGAGCAGCUAGAAGCUAAAAGCGACAAAAAAAAGGGUUUGCCAAGAUCAUCUACACUACCUGUUUCUCAAAAGGAUUCUCCAAUAAGUCAUAAUCAGCAACCUCUUCUGCAACCAGUGAUGUAUCAUCAAGUUGCACAACACACGACUUCAAUGCUAUCCAAUCAAGAUCACAACUCUACUAUGAAUACUAGCAAAGAAAUAAGUGUAAUCUCAGGAAGCUCCAGUAACCUUAAUUCUUCCUCGAAUACUGAUCAUUCAUCGUUUGAACUAGGAGGUAUUUCUUCAACUCCCAAUGGAACAUUUUUUUCCGACAAGAUGUUUGAAAAGCCAUCACCCCAGAGCAUGAAUCCAUCAACUCAAUUUUACAUUCAAAACCAAUUUAAUAGUAUGCCACCGCCAAGGCAACAUGCUUUUCUACAGUAUCAACAAAAUCAGUCUAUGAUGAUGAUGAGUACGCCCCAGCAUCACAAUAUUGUUACUUGCGGCCCAAACAUGUACCAACCUCAAAACGAUUCAUCUCCGAACGAUAGUACAAGCAACUUGUCUGUUUUUUCGUAUCAUAAAAUGCAUAAUAAUGGCACACCUCAGGGUAAGCUCAAAUGA